AAACCAAAACAAAACAAACUAAUCAACCAUGAUGCUCAUCAGCAAUAAAAACAAGUUCCUCACCUUUUGGGCCUUGGUUGCUACUAGCACUACUAACACCAUCGUCCAAGGCUGCAGCUUGUCAGCCGAUUUGGGCAGCCACAGUGAAAGCGACUAUGAUACCUGGAAAAUGCAAUCGUUUCGUGCCGCAGCCGGUUCCACCAUUACCUGUGAACUAACAUGUACGAGCGGGGGAUCAGCCUCCAUGAAGUUCCCCCGAUAUUCCGCAACGAAAUCGGGCAACGAUUGCAACAUGGUCUUGACUCAUCAACUUUCCAAGGAUGAGCAAAUGGCCAUGUUGCACGUACACAUCGAAGCUGACGCACCUCAAGACUUGUAUCUUGAUUGCUACUGCGAUCAAGAAGCCAUUCAGACACCUGCUCCCACCGAGGCACCAAAGACACCGGCGCCCACCGAGGCGCCCACUGAUGCGCCCACAGCCGCUCCCACCGAGGAGGCCACCGAGGAGGCCACCGAUGAGCCCACACACGCUCCUACCACGACACCGGCGCCCACGACUAAUUCCAACGGGGUGCGGGGCGGCAGCGGCGGCAGCGGUGGUGGUAACAGCAAUAGUAACUUUGGUCCUCCGCCUGCAUAUGCAGCACCUGCCGGCAAUUGCUUCUCCAAGUCUGCUCUGGUCCAAGUGGCAAACAAGGGUGACAUUGCCAUGAAGGAUCUACAAGUGGGAGACAGAGUUUUGACAACCAGUGGAACCUACCAACCCAUCUAUAGCUUUGGGCAUUACCAAACUGAUCAAAAGGCCACCUUUUUGCAGAUUCACACUUCGACCAACAGCAGCAGCAAGCCAUUGGAAAUGACAGGGAACCACUUGAUCUUUCUUGCCAAUGGAGAAACGACCCUUUCCCACUGGUGGUUGGCUCCCCAUCGAAUGAUUUGCAUGAAUGUGCUGUUGGCCAAUAGCAAGAUGUGUCACGGCAAGAACAAGGACGGUAUCUUGCACUACCUGAUAGCCGGCCAGGAGAUGGCUCAAGCGGCAAACCAAUACGGAUCUUUGGUGCAGGUAUUUGUGUUGGGAAUUCCCCUGUUUCUCUUCUUUGGCUUGUUGAAUCUGCUGGAGCAUGUUUGCAUGGGCCCUGCAUUGGCCCCACUUGUCAUGUUGGUGGGUUUCCUACUAUCAGCUGUUGGUGUUUGGCUCCAGAACGAUGAAAAUGACAGUCAGAACACGAAGAAGAAGGUAGUCUAA